AGUGUGGUUCGGUGGUAAGCAUAGAAUGAAGAAGGGACGACGCAGGCAGUUGCAUAUAGAUCGUCGUGUGUGUAAAACCGAAACUCGCUGUGCUAUUACGAUGUCGGCAAAUAACGGCGCUGCAACAUCAGAAGUGGGAUCUGGCUCGCUACCUAAUGAUUCAGAUGGACCAUGGCGAAUUUUAAUGGAAAUGCAAAAUAAAAACUUGAUCGACCUUAUUAAAGCUGUACAAUCGGCGACACCUGAAACAACAAACAAAAAAACAAUUGUGCUUCCAAAAUUCAACGCAGACCUUGAUGGCGCCGACGCGUCGGCCUGGUGUUCAACCGUAAACAUAAUUUUGGCAGAAAAUACUUUAAAGGGCAGCGAGUUGGUAAUGGCUUUGAGUGCAUCGUUGGAAGGUAGUGAGUCGCAGUGGCUUCCGCAAAUAUGUUAUCCUGAGAUAACUUGGGACGAAUUUAAAGAACUUUUCAUGGAGCGUUUUGGCAUUGUAGAAACGCCAGCGGCCAUGUUUCUGUCAAUGCUAGCUAAUUGUCCGACCGAUGGCGAAUGCCUCUCCAAUUAUGCUAGUCGUAUGGUGACGUCACUUAUCACGAAAUGGCGUGACAUGAACGUAGAGGAAAUUGCAGUUUCUGUGACGCUUGCGAAGAUGGCUCAUGUUGAUAACAGAUUGCAGCGUUUAACCUUUACUUCAAAUAUGCGCACCCGAAGUGAAUUGCAAACCGAGCUUAAAGCGUUCGCGUUCAAGAAGAGAAAGAAAAAUCUACAAGAGGAAAUAUCGUCACCUGACAUAAAGCGUUCGAAAUUUUCAACAAUAAAAUGUCAUUUCUGUGGAGAAUUAGGCCACAAGAUGAUGGAAUGCCGAGCUAAACAGCAGCAAAAUCAUCCUUCCCCUCAUGCUACAAACAGCAGCGGCAGGAGUGAAUCUGGUCACCAUCAAAAAGCGAAUGUAACCUGCUUUAAGUGUGGUGAACUUGGUCAUAUUUCAACACAUUGCAGUAAGACCAAAGUGGACAAGGUCAAGGAUACCCAAUAGAUGAAAAGAGUGGAGCUUUGCGAAGUUGUUGAGCCCAAAAGAGAGAUGGUUUAUUGAGGUGAGACGUUUAUAACAACGUUCGACUCUGGAGCGGAAUGUUCAUUAAUAAAACAAAAGAUAAGUGACAAAUUAGUUGGUAAAAGAAUUAACAAUUUCAUAAUGUUGAAGGGUAUUGGUAGUAACGGCAUAUGUAGCACAUUUUACUUAGCAACGUAAAAAUUAACCAACAUUAUAUUGAAGUUUUGUUUCAUGUUUCGGAUAAUGAGUAUUGAAUGAAUGACAUUAUUAUUGGUCGAGAAGUACUGUCCCCUGGAUUUAAUGUUAUAAUAUCACCAGGAAAAUUCGAAAUUAUUAGAUUAAAAAACUGUAAACUAUCGUUCAAAUGAGAAAUUUUGUGAAUUGUAUACUGAUCUUGUUGGGCAAGAGGUCGACUUGGCAGAAGUGAGAGCACGAGCAGGUCAAAAUAUUUUAGCUGCAGCAGCAUAUAACAAAGAGAAAUUUGAUAAAAACAAGGCUAAAGUUGUUGGAUGCAAGGUUGGAGAUUUCGUAUUGUAAAAAAAUGAAGAGACCAAUCAAACAAAGUUGAGUCCAAUGUUUAGGGGGCCUUUUCAAAUAACUGAAUUGUUAUAGGGGGGAUAGAUAUAUGGUCAGGUCUUUGACAAAUAAUAGAAAAUAUAAAUAUGCUCAUGAUGACAUAAGAAAAAUGCCGGAUGGACAAAUACCAGUUGAAUUUGAAAGUUGUAAUAAGGAUUUAAGUAAGGAAAAAGAAACUGUUGAAAGAGACAGUAAUGAAAAAGAAACUGUUGAAAGAGACAGUAGUAAAAAAGAAACUGUUGAAAGAGACAGUAAUAAAAUCAUGUAAAGAGAAACUGUUGCAAGAGACAGUACAGGUGCCUUAAGGGCUAAUAAUUGAAUUGGUAAUAAUAAUGCAAGCACAAGUGCAAAACAAUUGUUUUGAUCAUGGCGUGUGGCGCAUUAGAUAAUAUAAUGUUAAAACUGAAUGGUUAAUGAUAAUGUAAAAAUGAGCUAUG